AGAGCCCCGAAAUGGGAUCGUGGAUAAAAGGAAACUGUUCUAGUAAUGAAGACAUUUUUAUAAGCCUUGCGAUAUUAAUAUUAUUAGUAAACAAUGUUCAGAACUGUUGUGGCAGCCCGAAGUUCAUGGCGGAUGGUACAAUGUACGCACGGCCUCCUUCUGUAUGUGUCGACAUACCGACGUCACUAAAACUUUGCCGGAACGUAGGUUACACGCGCAUGGUGCUACCAAAUCUUCUGAAUCAUGAGUCUCUCACCGAAGUUGUGCAACAGGCAACAAGCUUUGUUCCUCUGUUGUCAAGACACUGCCACGCAAACGUCCAAGUUUUUCUCUGUUCACUUUUUGCACCGGUUUGCAUACCAACACCACCCGGUGAAUCGAUGAAUGGCCCGAUUCCACCUUGCCGCUCGCUCUGUGAAUCGGUAGAAAGACGAUGCGGCCCUAUUAUGCUGGAACACGGAUUUUCCUGGCCACUCAUGCUUAACUGCAGCAAGUUCAGCAACGAAGGUCUGUGUGUAAGUCCAGAUGUCAAUGGAAGCACAACUGCUGAACCACCUUUACCUUCGACUGCACCAAAUCCAGUUUGUCCACCUUGCAGAAUAGAAUUGCAGAGAGACACCUUACUUGAUAACUAUUGUGCAAGCGAAUUUGUUAUUAAAAUCCGGGUCAAGAAAAUCAAAAAUAAGAAAAGUCGGGGAAUUCGAGAAGUUUUUGCCGAUAAGAAGAAAAGAGUAAUUUAUAAAAAUGGGCCACUCGACAAAAGAGAUAAUAAAAAAAUGAAACUGUACGUGAUCGGUAGAAAGAGAUGUACGUGCCCUCAGUUGGACGAUGCAGUCACUAAAAAACCCCGUCGAGGUCGAUCGGAAGCAGAUGAGCACUCACGUUCGAAACGGGGCGCAAGAAAAAAAAAGAACAAAAAGGGAGGGAAAAAGAAAAGAAAAAAGAAAAAGUUUUACCUCGUAAUGGGUAGAAAAGAUGGAAGAAAGCUUAAAGUCACAGUUAUUCAUGCGUGGGAUAAAAACAAACGUAUCCUAAACACUGCUGCUAGAAACAACUUUGGCGCAAGGGAUUGUCCAUCCUUUGAUAGCACUGGUUCUGCUGGGAGAUAAAAUCACCUUGUUUGUAUCUCUACGUAUCAGCACUGCCACCAUGUGGACAAAAUAAAACGGUUGUACAGGAACAUUAUCCCGUAUUAAUGCGGCUGCCCUUGAUAUUAAAUUCAUUUUGUCAACCGUGUGCUAUCUAAUAGAAGAAUGUUACUUAAACUAUCCAACAACUACCCUGUAUGUUGUUUUGCCAAACGUUCACGAAACGAAUUCAUUUAGAACUGGUACCUGUAUACGUUUAUAUAUUCUUUCUUGCUGCCGACUUGCAAAUUUUAACACGACGCUAAAAUAGUUGUAUCUAUAAUCUUUCACGACAAAUUCGCUUUUGCUAUACCAAAAUCGCCAUUGCGUUUAAUUGUCUUGCUUUGUGUUAAAAAUAUUAAACUUGUAUUUGCUAUUUUUAAAGCGCAUUAGAAAAAAA